AUGGCAUUGGUAGUGUAUGUUGAUGAUGUAUUGUUAGCCAGUGAUAGUUUACAAGAUAUUGAACUAUUGAAGAAGUUUCUGGAUGAACAGCUUACAAUCAAAGACUUGGGGCCAUUAAAAUAUUUUCUUGGACUAGAGGUAGCAAGAUCUCACACUGGGAUCUCUCUUUGCCAACGAAAAUAUACACUGAACAUUCUACAAGAUACUAGCCUCAUUGGUUCCAAACCUACAGCAUUUCCUAUGGAAUCCAAUCUCAAACUGGCUAUUGAUGAUUCAGUACCAUAUGAAGAUCCAUCAUCUUAUAGAAAACUGGUUGGCAGAUUGUUAUACUUAACGAUUACCAGACCAGAUAUUGCAUAUUCUGUUCAAGUUUUGAGCCAAUUUCUAGCUAAACCGACAGCCAAUCAUCACAAAGCAGCAAUAAGGGUACUUAGAUACUUAAAGGCCACACCUGGACAGGGUUUACUCUUCUCUUCAUCUUCAGAACUUCAGUUGAAAGCCUUUUCAGACAGUGACUGGGCAGGCUGCAUUGAUACUAGGAAAAGCAUAACAGUUCCUCCCUCACUUGAUCGAGUUCUUGUCACCCUCAACAAUGAUGGAGUUGAUUUGAAAGAAAAGAAAACAACAACAAAGACAUUUCUUGACCCAGAGGGGCAGUUCCUUCGAAUCUGGAGGAUGAUUUUUGUAGUGUCUUGUAUGAUGGCUGUAUCGGUGGACCCUUUAUUUUUCUACCUCCCUGUGGUCAAUGAAAAGAACAAGUGCUUUGUGUUAGACGAAAGAUUAAAGGUCGUAGCUAUUUUUUUGCGAAUGGCCACCGAUCUGAUUUAUGUCGUGAAUAUCAUCUUGCAAUUUCUUUGCCCUUAUAUAGAUGAGACCGCAAGUAAACUUGGACGAAUUAAAGUAGUUACAGAUUCCUGGCCAAUAGCAAAGAGGUAUUUCUUGUCGCGGUACUUCCCCAUUGACAUUCUCGCCAUUCUUCCCCUCCCACAGGUGUUAAUUCCAAUAAUUUUUUCAGAAAUCAGAGGCUCAGAAUCUUUGCACAUAAGGAAGCUUCUUAAUACUGUUGUUCUCUACCAAUAUGUGCCAAGACUCAUCCGAAUCUCCAUGUUCAUUCGGGCUGCGAACAAACAUUCUCGAGUUGUGCGGGUCAAAGCUGCAUUAAAUCUCUUUCUGUACAUCAUGGCCAGUCAUGUGCUCGGUGCCUUCUGGUAUUUCUUUUCUAUCGAACGAGAGACGACUUGUUGGUACAAAGCGUGUGAGAAAAAUGAUACCGCAUGUACUCCGAAUUCUUUUAACUGUCAUGAUCAUGUUCACAGUUCGGGAAAUUACACAUUUAUGAAUGAUUAUUGCCCUGUAGAAACAAAGGAUGGUACAAUGCCCUUUGAUUUUGGGAUCUAUCGUGACGCCAUUAAAUCUGGUAUUGUAGCAUCCAGAAAUUUUCGGAAAAAGAUUUUGUAUUGUUCUUGGUGGGGCUUGCGCAAUCUGAGUUCUUUUGGUCAAAACCUUCAGACAAGUACCAAUUUCUGGGAGAACAGCUUUGCAACUUUUAUUUCCAUCUUCGGCUUGCUAUUGUUUUUAUAUUUCAUUGGUAAUGUGCAGACAUACAUGCAGUUGAUAACUGAAAGAACAGAGGAGAUUAUACAAAAGAUGAAAAGUAAAGAACGAGACAUAGAGUUGUGGAUAUCUAGAAAUGGGCUCAAUGAUGACAUAAAACGGGAAAUCAUGGCCAAUAUACGACAGGUAUUAGAGCACAAUAUAGAUGUUGAAAACGAAAACGAAAGUUGA